AUGAAGGCGGCGCGACGCCAAUCCGGCAGGGCGAUGAGAACGGAAACAGGUCCUGGUGCAGCUGCGGGUGGAGAUGCAUCACUCGAGGCGGAGUUGAAUGCAUUGGCGAUGAGGCGGGAGGAGUUGGUGAGCGAGAUCAGAGCCCUCCACGACGAGCUGUCGCAAGGACGUGAGGCCGCAUCGAGGCAGAAUGAUACAUUUGGUAAUGUGCUAAACGUGGAAAGCAGCGGUCUGAUCGAGGAUGCGGAUGGCCCCAGAAUUGCUCAGCUUGUUCUGCUGGGCCAGAACUGCGCGACGCAGAGGCUCGUGCUCUCUCUGCCCAAGCUGGAGGAGAUCGUCCUGGUGAACUGCUGCGGCACCUUCGACUUUGAUUGGCUCUUGAAAGUGGAUCAGCUGCAUCGGCUGAGCAUUAAGAGACACAAUUCGGUGAAGAACCUGCAUCUCGUUGAGAAGCUCAGACACCUUCACACGCUCCAGCUGGAUGGUGUGAAGGUGUCUGACGUGGACAUUCAGUCGAUCUCAGCCAUACCUGAUCUUGGUGUGCUCAGUCUGAAAGGCUCCAUCGCCCUCACAGACGUGAGCCCGCUGGGACGGUGUGUUAUGCUGCAUGAGCUGAACCUUUCCGGAUGCACCAAUUUGAAGAAUUUUGGCAAUAUCUUCAGCCUGCAGCACCUGGUAAAACUGCACCUGAACAACGCCGGUGCCAAUGUGAGUGCUGAAGCCAUUCUGCAGCUCAGUAUGAACGCUUUUCUCGAGGAUUUGGUUAUUGAGAACUGUCCAGCGAUCACUGACGUUGGUCCUUUGGCCGAAAACACGAGACUGAAGAAGUUAAACUUAUCUGGGUGCAACAACCUGACGACGUUGGGCCGCCUUGCCGAGUCAUCUAUGCUGCGUGAGCUGUCUCUGCGACGCAGUGCUGUGACUGAUGAGACUAUACAGCAGCUCGGCCAAAACCGCUUCCUGAAGGUGUUGCACCUUGAUAACUGUGUCUUCAUCACUGACUUCACACCGCUCACCUUUAUUGCGUCCCUGGAGGAACUCAGCCUGUGCGAGUGCACCCGUGCGAAGGCACAGGGCCCAUUUCCGUCGUUGCCUGAGCUGCGAACGCUACUACUGAGAUCCACCGCCGUGAACGAUGAAUGUAUAAUUGAGCUGGGAAAAAGUCCCCUUGUUGAGGUGGAUCUGCGCUGUUGUGGAGAACUUUCUCGGGCAACCGUCGAGGUGCUGACAAGUCUCCCCACGCUUGAGGUCUUUCUAACGGAUGCCUUACCCGAGGGGGUGUCUUUUGGAGAAGUUCCAUCGAUGCGAAGUCUCACCAUUGGUGGUGGCCAUGUGACGAAUGCAAUAGUGGAGGACAUCAUCAGUAAGGCUACCAAACUUCUUUCCGUACAUCUCAUGGAGUGCAAGCUUCUGACCGACAUUACGGCACUGUCCAAUGCUACAACCCUCACAGAGGUGAGACUUGUUGGUUGCAGGAGGCUCGAAUCCAUCCAUUCCUUGGGGCAGCUGCCGCAUCUACGCAAGCUUGUCCUUGGUGGUGGAUUUGUAACAAAUGAGCUGCUCAGUUCUAUUGCUGCAAGUAAUAAACUUACGACGCUGCAUCUCGUGCGGUGCCCGAAGGUGGGUUCCGCGGGCCUCGUACGCACCUUUAGAGCACUUGAAACGCUUAAACUUGUGGACUGCGGAGCCUUCACAGCUUUUGGCAACCUCGUGUCGCUAGCUGCCCUUACUGAGCUUAUUCUCUGCUGCAUGCGUUUUGGGAAGGAGGAGGCGAAGGGAUUGAUGAGUGCGAAAUUGCGUGUGCUUCACAUUGAACAAUGUGGUGUGAUAUGCGCCAGCUGGUUUGGCGUGCCAAAUGACAUGGAGGUGCGGGUGGUGGACUGUGCCGGGUUCAAAAGCGCAGCCUUGCCAGAUGCGAAGACGGUUUUCUGUGUGGAGCGCACAUGCAGGAUGUAG